UCAUGCUGCUGCCAAGUCCAGAGUCUCUCAUGGGUCCCUGUACGGCCUCCCAUUGCUGCUGUCUCCAUCGCCACACUCUGCCAUGUGCCACUUUCAGGUCUCCUCACACUGCUGGUGUGUUCCAUUUUUUGUCAUAGGGUGCUGGCAGAUUACGGGCCUCCCAUAGCUGCUGCCAGGCCCCUAAUCUGCCAUGGGCCCCUAUACCGCCUCCUCAUGCUGCUGCCAAGUCCAGAGUCUGUCAUGGGUCCCUGUACGGCCUCCCAUUGCUGCUGUCUCCAUCGCCACACUCUGCCAUGUGCCACUUUCAGGUCUCCUCACACUGCUGGUGUGUUGAAUUUUUUG